AAAAUUGAUAGGAAAACACAGACGUAAUUUUGGGAAGAAAUAAAUCGUGCAGUUAAACGUUGCUUGCCAGUUGAAAAACAAAUAUGUUAUAAACUGGUGAGUUUUUCAGGCUUUAGACCAUCGUGGAAAAGAAUUUCUUCGAAUUUUGCGUCACACUCUAACGCCGCUAAAGAUGCCAAGCCAUUCGCGUUUGCAAAACAUCGGGAAGAAAUUAUUUUCCACAAAUAUCGAAAAGCCCGCAAAAAUUACCACUUUCGAAGAAUUGAAGCGAAAGACUAAUUUUUUAAUUAAUAAUGCUUAAAUGGAUUAGCUUUGAUUCUUCCACACUCAAUGAAAGGAAAUUUAUAUUCAAGUUUUUAGAGUGUUUCAAGCAAUUAGAGUGUUAAAUAUAGGGCGGAUUAGAAAAAUGAGGUGCAUACAUAAACUUUUGACUAGCGUGAGUGGGUUUGCAGAUACUUCGGUUAAAAUAAUGGAGGCCCUGCAUACUUUUCGAGGUGCUGUAUCUUUCGCUCUUUUGGGCAUUGGAGGGCUUAUUUCUGCGUUAAUUAUACUGAUUGCAGACCCAUACAACAUUCUUUACGAAUGGAAAAUCCAAUUUGGACCCGGUGGAGAAAUAUUCUCCUUAUGGGAAAAACCCCCGGUCGAUCUCUUCCUCAAAGUGUACCUUUGGAACGUGACCAAUAGUGAAGAAUUCAUGAGUGGGAAGGCGAAAAAGUUGAAAUUUCAAGAAGUUGGACCAUACACGUACCGAGAGGUUUUAACUCAUGAAAACAUAACGUUCAACGACAAUGGAACUCUGACAUCGAUACCAAGCCAUCCUUUGGUUUGGGAGCCCACGCUAUCCGAAGGAAGAAAAGAGAGUGAUUUGUUAAUCUUGCCAAAUAUUGCCCUACUGAGCAUAGCGGAUGUGGUGUCCAAAAAAGGACUUUUCACAAGAUUGGGCCUCAACCUCAUCAUCAGGCAGACGAAUGCGCAACCUCUGGUGCAAAUGACUGCAAAAGAGUUCAUGUUCGAAUACAAGAGCACCUUAAUGAACUUAGGCAACACUUUCAUGCCUUCUUGGAUCUACUUCGACAAACUCGGCCUGAUUGAUCGGAUGUACGAGUUUCGAGGCGACUACGAGACGGUUUUCACCGGAACCGAUGGGCUUUCCAACAGCGGCCUGACCGACACCUACAAUGGAUCGCCGAAGAUUCCUCAAUGGGCCAGCCCAUGUGGAAACAUCAACGGUUCUUCAGAUGGAACCAAAUUCCCCAGCAAAAUUAAGCCCAAUGACACGCUGUUGUUCUUCAGAAAAAGCAUGUGUAGAGCCAAACCACUGGUUCAUGUAGCGGACACAGUAGUGGAUGGAUUCAGCGGCUAUGUGUACCACUUUCCAAACGACACCGAUGAUAACGGGAGGGAUUUCGAAAAAAACCGAUGCUUUUGCCAGGAAAAGGACAUCGAACAGUGCAAACCGCGAGGGCUUUUGGAUGUGAGAAACUGCUACUAUGGGUUCCCAAUAGCGCUCAGCUACCCCCACUUCUACGAAGCCGAUCCAGUUCUAUUCGAUAAGGUGGAGAGCGGCUUAAAUCCUGAUCCCCAAAAACACCAGACGUUUUUCAUCAUUGAACCGAACUCCGGAACGCCCCUAAAUCUUGCCGUCCGAUACCAGAUCAACAUGGCGUUGGGAAACUUGCAGAAUAUUGCCAAUUCCGGGCGGUUCAGCAACAUGGUGCUGCCUAUGCUAUGGAUUGAAAUUGGAAUGUAUGGGCUGCCCAGCAGCCUAAAAAUGCGCUUCAAGUUCUACUUUGAAAUCAUCCCAAUAGCCCAAACUUGCCUAACAUACGCCCUGUUCGCUUCCUCAACUUUCGGACUGCUUUACUCAAUCUACAAGUUGGCCUCCGCCAGAAAACACGACGAGAAUAACCCGUGGAUAGAGGACGAGUUUGUGCUGACAAUCGACAAAAAACUCGCCAGUUAUAUCUCAGAAAGGGGCCUGAUUCAAAGCAAUUUAGAUGAUGAGUUUUACAUCAAUUAUAAAACUCCGCUGAAACGCAAUAUCGACAAUACAAAGGUCGAAGUACUUUGAUUUAAAUAGUCCCGAAAGGAAACCCUGAUUGAAUCAUGGAAGUAAUAGUUUUUCUCAAGCUAGAGCCGAUGUCCAUCUCAAGCAGAUUUCAAUUGCCUGCAACCUUGUGAUCAUUAUUUUUAAUUAUUUAUUUUACUAUUAAAUGCGUACCGAAAUGGAUUUCAGCAAGUACGCAAAAACACUGGAUUGUGCACUUAGGGUUUAGGUGCCUACUUGGCUUAAUGUGUUCACCAGAAUUUUAAAAUGAUGGAAAAACAAGAAUCAAGCCCAAACUUGCCAUCACCUUUCUAUAAAUAACUAGCUGUAGUUUAUUGCAAAUAGGAAGCUCAUCACUGUGCGGGUCUGUUAAGGAAGCAAUAAUCAGCACGUUUUAGUCGCUGAGCUUUAGAAGAAAAUGCAAUAUUUUAUUCUACGUAAGUUUCUUGAGUGUUGAGUGCCUCACAAACAAAAGCUACUACUUUAAAAUGCAUUGUGUGCCAUUUUUAUAAAUCAAUAAAUUGUUUUCAGAU